CCCGUGCCCUCCUUUUUCCCCCCCUCCUGCGCUCCCCGACACAUCAUGGCGCUCUCCGCCGAUCCUUGCUUCCAGCGGCUGGCCGAAUGGCAGCGGGCCCACGCCGGGCAGCUGGUGCUGCGGAAGCUCUUCGAGGCCGACCCCGAGCGCUUCCACAAGUUCAGUGUGACCCUGAAGACAGAGAAUGGGGACAUCUUGGUGGACUAUUCGAAGAAUCUUGUUACAGAAGAAGUUAUGAAGCUGCUGGUGGAACUGGCCAAAUCGAGAGGCGUUGAAAAAGCUAGAGAGCAAAUGUUCACUGGAGAAAAAAUCAACUUCACUGAGAACCGAGCUGUGCUUCACAUCGCUCUCCGGAAUCGCUCCAAUACUCCAAUCCUCGUUGAAGGCAAAGAUGUUGUUCCAGAAGUCAACAAAGUAUUGGAGAAGAUGAAGAAUUUCUGUCAGAAAGUCCGUAGUGGAGACUGGAAGGGCUAUACUGGAAAAGCCAUCACGGACGUGGUCAACAUUGGCAUUGGUGGUUCUGAUUUGGGGCCCCUCAUGGUGACCGAAGCGCUGAAGCCUUACUCCAAGGGAGGCCCUCGUGUUUGGUUUGUGUCCAACAUUGAUGGCACCCACAUGGCCAAAACUCUGGCGGAGCUGAAUCCUGAGACAGUGCUCUUCAUCAUUGCCUCCAAGACUUUUACCACUCAAGAAACCAUCACGAAUGCUGAAACUGCCAAAGAAUGGUUCCUUCAAGCUGCUAAAGAUCCUUCUGCUGUGGCCAAGCACUUUGCUGCCCUCUCUACCAAUGGGCCUAAAGUCAAAGACUUCGGAAUUGACACUGCAAAUAUGUUUGAGUUUUGGGAUUGGGUCGGUGGACGUUACUCCCUAUGGUCAGCCAUUGGCCUCUCCAUUGCUCUGCAUAUUGGUUUUGACAAUUUUGAGAAACUGCUGGCAGGAGCCCAUUGGAUGGACAACCACUUCCGCUCAGCUCCCUUGGAGAAGAAUGUCCCCGUUCUGCUGGCGAUGUUGGGGGUCUGGUACAUCAACUGUUACGGCACAGAGACCCAUGCGCUGCUGCCCUAUGACCAGUACAUGCACCGCUUUGCUGCUUACUUUCAGCAGGGGGAUAUGGAAUCGAAUGGGAAGUACAUCACAAGGAAAGGCACCCGUGUGAACUAUAAUACUGGACCAAUUGUGUGGGGUGAACCUGGAACCAAUGGGCAGCAUGCCUUCUAUCAGCUGAUUCACCAAGGUACUCGCAUGAUCCCUUGUGACUUUCUGAUUCCAGCCCAGACCCAGAAUCCAAUCAGAAAUGGCCUGCAUCACAAGAUUCUUCUGGCCAACUUUCUCGCUCAAACAGAGGCAUUAAUGAAAGGGAAGACGACAGAGGAGGCCCGCCAGGAGUUACAAGCCGCUGGACUAAGUGGAGAGGCUCUGGAGAAGCUCCUUCCACAUAAGGUCUUUGAAGGAAACCGCCCAACCAAUUCCAUUGUCUUUACUAAACUUACUCCAUUCAUUCUUGGAUCCUUAAUUGCAAUGUAUGAACACAAGAUCUUUGUUCAAGGAAUUGUAUGGGAUAUUAAUAGCUAUGACCAGUGGGGUGUUGAGCUUGGAAAACAAUUGGCCAAGAAAAUUGAGCCUGAACUGGCAACUGAUGCACCAGUCACCUCCCACGAUGGCUCAACUAACGGGUUAAUCGCCUUCAUCAAGAAGCACCGAGCCUGACCGCAACAGGCUGCAUGGCUGAUGCCCAGAUCAGUGUUGUAGCUGCUGCUUUUGUUAGCCACUUCCCAGGCCAGACUUCCCAAGAGUUCCGGCCUCAUUGUUCUUCAUGGUUAGCUUUGUUGUAUCGGAAGCAGUGUUUGUAAAGGAACCCUUACAAAAUCUAGAAACUUGACCUAGUGACUGUUUCAUGGCAACUGUGAUGUGCAGAGCACCGCAUCCCUUCCGUGUCAGUCCCCGUGCUUGGCCCUGCUGCGGAGACGGGAGCAGCCUGUAGAAGGUGGUUAAACCUUUUCCGUGUUGUCUUGUGAAGACCCAGCCUUACAUGCACUGAAAUAAACCAGAAUUAAUCAUCACA